AUUAUUCGGUCUGAACGAAAACACAAAACAAUUCAAACCAAACCAACUUUAACUUUUUCUUAUAUAACAACGAUUUUAAUUCAUUUAUUAUAGACAAAUUUCAAUUCUUUUGAACGGGAAGUACCUUGAAACCAAAGUCAACUUAGCCAACCUCCCCGAAAAAGUCCAGCAUGUCAUGUAUGUCUCAGAAUUAGUUUAGAUCUUGGCUGUUCAAAAUAUAUUUCGACAAUAACAAAACAUUCAAAAUUCAAAUAGCAAUAACUUUUAAUAAACUAAUAAAUUCAUAUAAUACAAUGUAGUAUAUUAUUAUUUCUUAUAUAUAUAGUUAUUUAUCUAUGUGACUAUAUGUUCAUUUUUAUACCAUAUAGUCUUAUAUAUAUUGUGAAAGUAAUAAAUGAGAUUCGACUUACACUGAUUAAUUUGUUUCCUUCAGUACGUAUUUACAGGUACUGUGUAACGAUUUAAACAAAUGUAUCGGUGAAUGAAUUUAAUAUUAUUAUAAAUAUUUAUAUUUAUAUAAAUAAAUAUAACUAUAACAUAUCUCGUUAUCUGUAAAUUUAUGUUAAUAUAUUCUUUCCGGCAUUAUAAACGAUAUAAAUGGCAAAAUAUGAUGUUUACUGACUUUGGAAUUAAUUUACGUUUCGGUUCAGACUUGAAAGGUUAGUAAAUAGGAAUUAUUCAGCAUAUGAUGUUUAUAUUAUUUUUUUAUUUCAUGAUUUCAUCCAUUAGUUGAAUCAUGAUUUGUGCAAACCGAAUACAAUAUUUGUAAUAUCGUAUGUGAAUGUCACUCCAUUGAGGGAAUGCAAAAUAUGUUGGAAUUUCUAUAGUUCAAGAUUUUGACCAAAUAACGAAUGAUAUGGAAAGCUAUGUGUGGUUUUGGACUCCGUGUUCCGUCUGUGUAAAUCAAGAAAAUCAUCAAUAAACCCCUUAUUUAAAGAAAAAUUGUGGAAUUAUUUUGUUACGUGGCGUCAGAUCAAUAACAAGAACACACAAGAAGAAAACCUAAUGGAACCAAACUUAAAUAAAAAUAAAAAUGGAAGAUGUUUGAAACUGCAGAAGAAUAAUUUCUAAUAAUACAAAAUAAUCUCUUCUACUAGCUAGAUUCAAACCUGGCAUUUCAUGUUUUCUGAUGCAAAUUGUAUUAUGUAAUCUAGAAUCUUUUUUCAUAACAGGACCAUUUGAAGUUAAUAAAUCGUUUGGAAACCCCCAUGAACUUUUAAAUAACGUCCAUUAUUCAAAAACAUUAUCAUGAAGUAUUUUAUUUUAUAAAUUAGUAAUAUUUGAUGAUUAUUAUAUAUUGUUUCUAUGCGAGGACUGAUCCGACAACAAUUUUUAAUUAUCGUAUUGGCUUUUUGACCUAUGGAAAUUAUAUUUGUCAGUAAUCUAUUUAAAAUGAUCCAUAUUUUAAUGCAUUUUAUUAUAUAAUAAUGGUAACUUAUAAAAUUUGAAUAAAUUAAUUUUAUAUUAAAUUUUGAUUGGUCAAAAGUUUCGAGAUUUAAAAUUUGAUUGGAAUAAGCUGUAGUUUUAUGUUUUUGUUGUAAAAUUUAAGAUGUAUAUUUUUUUGUAGCUAUUUUUACUGUGUAAGUUUGUAUAAUACUAUUUUUACUGUGAAAAUAAAGUUUUCUAAAAUCAUUUUUAUUUUUAAGCAUUUUUGUUGUUAAAAAUCAUUUGGUUGACAUAUAUAUAGUUUUAUGCAAAGUAUCUAUCCCUAUAACCAAUUCUAUUAGUUAGUCAAAAAAAAUAUAUUUAUAAAUAAAAUUUAAUAUAUUUUUUAAAUAUGUGUAAAUUUUAUAAAAUAUUCAUUUUUGAAAGAAAAUAGUACAACGCUGAUUCAUUGGCAUUUACAGUCAAUUAAUUUAUAUUUGACACGAGUUCGUUAUUAUUAUUUUUAAAAGGUCAUUAUUUGUUCUCUACUUGUCUUAAUAUUAACUUUCUGGUAGACAGCCAGACAUAUUUAUGAUAUUCCCAGCUGUCUGCAUAUUAGGAGUGUUACGAGUCGUUUGCCCAUUUAAUUAUUUGCCCACAUUUAAAAAUGUGUUUUUUUUUUAACUGGUUUUAACCAAAGAUGACUCGCACCUUCUUGUUUCGCUUUUGUCCACAUUAUUUCGUCCACAUUCCCAGCUGUAUGCAUAUUAGGAGUGUUACGGGGCCUGCUCGGACUUAGAACUUAGAAGGGCGGUCCUUUAACGGCCUCCUUUUGCUUCUUUAGAGGAAUGGUUUAGGUUCGGGCAGUUCGAUGAAUAUCAGUUUCUUGUUUCAUUUUGUUGUUCACGGUCCCCUUUGUUUUCCAUCUUCUCUUUUCGUGUCUGUCCUGGGGAGAUCUCUCUUUCGACUUUAUCAAAUUUGUAUCAUUACUUUAGUCAUGUUCGCUUCUAAACUGAAGAUUAUCGUACCAAUCGUCUUUGCUUCCAUUUUUACCUUUUUUUUUGUGCCGUGGAACCAAUUUUGAGGUCAUAUAUUUUGUAAAAACACGGGAAAACUGUCAAAAAUGACUCAAAACUUGAUUUUGAAUACAAAAAUGUAUCUUAAAUUUAAUUAAAUGCAAAAGUAACUCAAAAUGCUAGUGAAACUACAACAACUUUCUUAUUAUCAAACAAAAAAAUUGUAUUCAGUUUUAUAAUCCUCCGCGUGAGAAGACUUACAAAGAAGUCUUCUGGUUCAUUAGAUUUUUAAAAUAAUUUAAAUUUUUUAUAAGAAAUAUUUUGAUGGGAAAUAAAUUGAAAUCAUGUAAUAAUAAACAUUUAUAAAUGAUGUAAAUUUAGUUUUACUAAAAUUGAAUUAUUUUCAACAUAGAUGAGUAAAUGUAGAUUAACUCAUGAUAGUAUUGGGUUUAGGGUUUGAUAACAUAUGUUAUAGUAUUGUUGGUAUUUUUAGGGUUAGAUUUUGAAAUCUUAUCUUUUUAUAAUUUUUUUUUUGACAUAUAUGUAUUUAAUGAAUAUCUAAUAACUUGAUUUAAACAUUUUAAGUAUCUUAAAAGUUUAAGGAAGUGUUUUUUUGCUAAAUUAUUUGAUUAUAGGGCCUGGAAGAUCUCACAGAAGAUUUCCCAAAAAGUCUUCUGACAUAUCCCGCCUAAAUUUUAGUAGAAUUUAGGGUUUCUGUCUAAAUAUUAAAAGAAUUUAGGUUUCCCGACUAAAUCGAAUUCUUCCAGAAGUCUUCCAAAAGUUUUCUAGAGGAAGUCUUCUCAUGUAUUAGAUCUUAGAAGUAAUUAAUAAAUUUUAUAAAAAAAUAUUUUGGAAGAGAAAAAAUCGAAACAAUGUAUUAAUAAACAUUUCUAAAUGAUGAAAACUUAGUUUUACUAAAAUUGAAUUAUUUUUAACAUAGAUGAGUGAAUGUAGAUUGAGUCAUGAUAGCUUUUGGUUUAUGGUUUGGUAAUAUAUGUUAUUGUAUUAUUGGUAUUUUUAGAGUUAGAUUUUGAAAUCUUAUCUUUUUUAAUUUUUUUUAGUUUGAACUAUAUGUGUUUAUUGACUAUCUAAUUACUUGGUUUAAACACUUUCUAAGUUUCUUUUAAGUUUAAAGAAGUGUUUUUUGCUUAGUUAUUUGAUAAUAGGGUUUGGAAGACUCCGAGAAGACUUUGGUUUAGGGUUUAGUAACAUAUGUUAUAGUAUUGUUGGUAUUUAGGGUUAGCUUUUGGAAUCUUAACAUAAAUUUUUUUGACCUAUAUUUGUUUAGUUUUGUGUAUAUUAAACACUUUAUAAGUUAAUUUUAAGUUUAGUGAAUUAUUAUUUGCUAUUUAGUUAGUUAUUUGAUUAGGUUAUGGUUUGGAAGACUUCGAGAAAACUUUCCAAGAAGUCUUCUCACAUAUUUCCGCCUAAAUUUUAAAAGAAUUUAGGUUUCCUGCCUAAAGCAAAGUCUUCCAGAAAUCCUCUCAUGUAUUUAGUUUUAGGGUCUAGAAGACUUUUUAGAAGUCUUCUGUAUAGAACAUAUUAACAUAAUUGGAAUUUUUGUAUCUAUGUAUAAAGAAAAUUUACACAUUCUCUUUCUUCCUCUCAUAUGGCUGCAACAAAAAUAUAAUGUUUUUCACUCUAAAACUCUCCAACCUUUCUCUAAUCUCUGUGAACAUCAAAACACCAAACUUUAAAUGUAUUUCUCAUUUUUUUCUUAUGUCUUCUCACUAAUUUAUCUUCUUUUUUUAAGUUUUUCAUUACAUGGUUCUCAUCUUUCACUCUUUCAAAGGUAGAUCUAUAAAUUUUGGAUAUGUAUUAUUGUGUGUUUUAUAGAUUAGAUUCUAAAAAACUAUAGAUUCAACCUAGAUGUGACUGUUUUGUUUAUUAUUUAAGCAUAAAAUUAUAUUUUUGAAGUUUUUCAGUAUUUUGAAGCCAUUUGAAUGUUUUUGAAUUUCAGGUUUUUCAUAUUUGAGACAUACUUUGAAAGAUUUUUCAGAAGACUCUUAGAAGACUUCUAGGCAAGUCUUCUAAUGCAUUUUAUGCUAGAAGACUUUCCACGAAGUCUUCAGGAAGGCUUCCGAAGUUUUUUGCCCAAAAUGGUACAAAUUUUAGAUAUGUAUUUUGUGUGUUUUAUAUUCUAGAUUCUAAAAAUUUAUAGAUUUAACCUAAUGUUACUGGUUUCUUUAUUAUUAAGCAUAAACAAAAUAUUUUUGAAGUUUUCUACUAUUUUGAAGUCAAUUGAAUGCUUUUGAAUGUGCAAAUUUUUCAGAUAUGAGUCAGACUUUGUAAGACUUAUCAAAAGGUUUUAGAAGACUCUUGGAAGACUCUCAGAAGACUUCCUAAGAAGUUUUCUAAUGCAUUUUAUGCAAGAAGACGUUCCACGAAGUCUAUCAAAGUUUUCUGCCCAAAGUGGUACAAAUAUUGGAUAUGUAUUUUGUGUGUGUUUAUAUAUUAGAUUAUAAACAUAUAUAGAUUCAACCUAAUGUGACUAUUUUAUUUAUUAGUUAAGCAUAAACAAUUUAUUUUCUAAGCUUUCUCUAUUUUGAAGCUAUUUGAAUAUGCAUAUUUUUUCAGAUUUGAGUCAGAUUUUGGAAAACUUCUCAGAAGACUCUUGGAAGACUUCUUGGAAAGUCUUCUAAUGUAUUUUAUGUUAGAAGACUUCCAAUGAAGUCUUCCGGAAGUCUUUCGAAGUCUUCUGCCUAAAGUAGUACAAAUGAAUGAUGUCAAGUGGAGUCCAAGCUUAUCUAUGUUGAGGAAUGAUAUCUAGCUCCAUGUAAUAGUUUUGUUUAUAGUCUGUUUUAUGAUUUGUAUGUGUAUUGUUUUAGUUGUGAAUUCUUUUGUAGACUUGAAGAGAUGUUAAUCAAAAUAAUUUGGUAAAAUGUUCGUGUUUUGCCAAAAGUACUAACAUUAUUGAAGUUAUUGAUACAACAUACCAAAAAUAUUUUUAACCAUUCUACCCACUCAUAACAAAAGAAAACAACGUAAAAAACUUAAUCAAAUUUACUAAAACUAAGAGAGAAGACUUCACAAGAAAAAAUGGUCAAAUUCACAAAAGAUCAAACUUAAUUUUAAGUGAAAGUUAAAAUUUUAAAUCUCAUAUAAGUUAAAAAUUAUGUCUUAUGAUCUAAAAAGAUACAUUAACCGCAUGAUUUGAUAUUUUUGAAGUUACUUAAAACUUUUGAAAGUUAAAAAUAUACCUUGAAGUUAAUUAACACUCUUGAAAAUUUAACGUAUAAGACUUCUCGAGAAGUCUUCUCGGAUUAGCUAGAAACAUUAGUAAACAUAAAUUUUUGAAAUGUCAUAAUUAUCACCAAAUAAGUUAUGAAUUUCAUCCAGGAGCCCCAAUAUUGACUAAUACACAUGAAUUUAUAAGAAAAUAUUAAAAAGUCAUUUUAGUUGUAGAGAAAAUGAAAAUUUAUUAAGCAUUGAAGUAGAAUACUUUCGUAGAAGUCUUCUAUUUAAUUAGGUCAUUUUUGCAAUUGUAAAUUUACGAAUGAAGACUUCUUAAGAAGUCUACUCUACAGAAGUCAUCUUGAGAAGUCUUCCUUUGUAAAUGUUGGCUUACUUUUGAAUUUUAAAAAUUCUCGAAAAUGCCGGAGAAGACUUCUCGGAUAAACAUGUUAGUUUUGCAAUUGACCGAAGUUUAUCAGAAAUUUGACUUUUUAUAGAAAACUUCUUGGGAAGUCUUCUCAGAAAAGAUUUCUAUAGAAGUCUUCUGAAAGUCUUCUCAACAUCGCAAGAAGUCUAUUUGUGAUACUUUUUCAAUUGACUAUAUUUGACUUUUCCAAAGAAGAGUUCUAUAGAAGUUUUCUCUCGUAACCAAAGAUUUGACAAAACCCGGAAUAAAACUUGAAAUAAGUCUUUUCAUUAAUAUUAAAUGUUUUAAUAUUAUUUUUCAAUUGCAAAAGUAACCCACACAGAUUUCUUGCAACAGUGAAAAGACUUCGAGAAAACUUUCAGAAGACUUCUAUAGAAGUUUUUCCCGAGAAGUUUUCUAUAAAAAGUCAAAUUUUUGACAAACUUCGGUCAAUUACAAAACUAACAUGUUUAUUCAGGUUUUUUCCUUAAUAAAGAAAAGUUAGAAGACUUCUAGGGAAGUCUCCUUGAUGGAAAACACAUUUAUUGAAGUCUUCUGAAAGUCUUCACGAACAGAUCUGAGAAAAAUCGAUUUUUUACCUUAAGCCAGUGAGAUGACUUGCUUAACUUCUCCAAGCACCCAAAACUUCAUUACAAAAGCUACCAAGUCGUUAAUGACCAUGAAUGCUUCAAUGUCUCUAUGAACCUUACAAAACUUGGAAUCAAAAUCUUGUAUUUUUUGGAUGAAUUUGAAGAGAGAGUGAAAGAGAUGUGAUUUGUGUGCAUAAGUAAUGAGAUAUAAAGAAUAAAAAAAAAGUUAGUGCAUUAAGAGUUUCAAAUUGGUUGUUCAUGGUGGUUAGUGUAUCGAUGGCAAUGACAAUAUUGUAAAUACUUGGUGAAAAUGAAAAUGAUAAGGUAAAAGACUUAUUUUCAGAAGAAAAAAAGUGACGACAUUUGCGUGAAUAACUCGAACUGAAGAAUAGGGAAAACAAAAGUUUCAAAAAAUAUGGAUUAUUUUUGUAUUUGAUCUGAAAUUUUAAGUCAUAUUUGAAAAAAACUCUACAAAUGUUACGUAAACUUCAACUUUCAUUUCGUGAAAUGAUAUUUACAUUUUUAGCAAAAAGAAAAAAGAUGGCGCACACAUUUAAAAAUGUUCUGAUCUUCCACUUCAUUUCUAGCAGCAAAUAUUCUACUUGGUUUGAAUUUAUGUUUGUGAUAUUCACAAACCACAACUUAAAAAAAAAAUGGAUAAGAAACUUUAAAAUGCCCGAUGCAAACAAAUAAAGCCAAUUCAGAUUAAGGGUUUAAAGCUUAAGACAUAAUACUCCCUCCAUUUUUGAUUAUAUGAAGUUCUGAGGUUAGAUACAUAGUUUAGUAAAAUAUUUAAUUUUAUACAUUUUCUAAACAAAAAUAUUAUUAAUUAUCUAAAUAACCACAUUUCAACUAAUAACAAUAACUAUGCAAAAUAUAAAAGUCAUGUUGCAUAAAAUUAAUAAAUUUUACAUUGAAAAGUGAAAAUACCAAAUGUAAUUUGAAACAAAAAAUUUCCAGAACUUCAUCUUUUAAAAAAGAGUACAAGUUUAUAAUAAUCAAUCUUAUUUUUCAAUAUUUACAUAUUAAAAAUUAGUCAGAAUCAGCUGUGACAAUAAAUUCACGAUCAGCUGUUACCUGUCUAUUUCUUUUUGCCCACAAGGAAAACGGAAAUAUAUUUUUCGCUGACAAAAUGAUAAAAAGAAACAAAUUUAGAAUAGGAAAAUCUAAUAAAGAGAAAGAAUUGGUCCUAGGGGUUUGAGAUGAGACAUUCAUUUAUUAUAUAUAUUAAUGCACACAAAACACUGAUCGCUGAGAAACACAAGUCUUCUUCUCACACAAGUUGACAGAUAAACUACAAUCCUCUACUUUCUCUGAGUUCCUUUUCUUGUUCAGACAUUAAAGAACCAAGUGAGUUUUGUCUACCUUAUUCCUUAGAAGUAAAGAAGAUGCAGGUCGUCGCCAACUUCGAUUUCCAGCCUUCGCCGUUCUCUCACGCCACCGGUGAGAUGCUCAUUUCUCCGGUAGGCCACCGGGACGAAUCUUUCGUUAACUUCACCGACGCGCUUGAAGGCGCCAGUGAUGACUCGCCUCCUAGCGUGGCCGCGGUGAAAGUACAGAAGGUUUACAGGAGUUAUCGCACGCGCCGGAGAUUAGCGGACUCCGUAGUUGUCGCCGAAGAGCUCUGGUGGCAAGCGAUGGAUUAUGCGAGGUUAAAUCAUAGUACGAUUUCAUUCUUCGAUUACUCGAGACCUGAAACUGCAGUUUGCAGAUGGAAUCGUGUGAGCUUGAAUGCCUCUAAGGUGGGCAAGGGUCUGUCCAUAGUCGACAAAGCUCAAAAACUAGCCUUCCAGCAUUGGAUUGAAGCGAUUGACCCUAGGCACCGCUAUGGACACAACCUACAUGUGUACUAUGAAGAAUGGUGUAAAGCUGAUGCUGGCCAGCCAUUUUUCUACUGGUUGGAUGUUGGAGAUGGGAAAGAUAUGGAUCUUAUAGAUUGUUCAAGGUCGAAGCUUAAGCAGCAAUGCAUCAAAUAUCUUGGUCCUCAAGAGAGGGUAGAGUAUGAGUAUGUGAUCAUCGAUGGGAAGAUUGUUCACAAGUUAACCGGAAAUUUUCUACACACCAUGCACGGAUCUGAGGGAACAAAUGAAAAAAAUCAUCUUUGUGAAAUGGUGCACAAAGCUAGUGAAGAUUCAGAAAAUUACGACGAUUAUAUUAAACCCAAUGGAGAUGGAACCAAAUCUUUGAAGAAAGAAUACGCAACGUCAUGCAAUGCAGAGACUGAAACGGAUGAAAACAGUAACGGAACAGUUGAUGAGACUAAAGGGAAUAGUUACCAGAGAACGCUAUCAGGUGGGUUUGAGAGCCCAAAAGCUGACGUUCCACAGAAAGCAAUGCUACAAAGGAUCAACUCAAAGAAACAGUCAAAAUCUUUACAGUUGGGUCAUCAGUUGAUGCUGAAAUGGUCCACUGGAGCAGGUCCAAGGAUCGGUUGUGCAGCUGAUUAUCCGGUUCAGCUGAGAACACAGGCUUUGGAGUUCGUUAACUUAUCGCCUCGAUACCGGACCAGCACGUUGUCUCCGACCGGGAGGCUUGAUAUCUGAUCAUAUCUUUUCCUUGUUCUUUAGUAGAGUUCAUCGUAAUCUUCUGUGACUUGAUUAACGUGUGAUCAGUUUUAUCUAUCUUAUGUUUUUGAUGUGUGUGUGUUUUUUUUAAUGUAUUCCACCUGGGAUGUUGUGAAGCAGAAGGUAAAGAAUGCGGUUAUGUUUUGUGUCAAAGUUUUUUCACUCAUAAAUGAAACUUCUGUUUCAGUUUUUUU